AUGGAACGACCGGCUCUGCGCGUGGCUUGCGUGCAGUUCGACCCCGUGUUCAAGAAGAAGGCGCAGAACCAGAAGAAGGCCGAGGGGCUGAUAGCAGGGAUCCAACCUGGCGCGCUCGACCUCCUCAUCUUGCCGGAGAUGGCCUUCACCGGGUAUUGCUUCUCGUCGAGAGAAGACAUUGCGCCGUACGUCGAGGAACUGAAGACGGGUCCGACGUUCCGCUGGGCGAGGAAGACGGCCCGCAAACUCGGCUGCUACGUCAUCGUUGGACUGCCCACCGUUGAGCCACUCCCGCUCAAGUCGCCAGACUCGUUUACCGAAACAGCCUCAACUCCCCUCCCGCUCGACCUCUACUACAACUCGCUCCUGGUCGUCUCGCCUGCCGGCACGCUCGUCCAUUCGUACAACAAGACACACUUGUACGGCGGCCUGUCAAACGACGCAGUCGACUACCUCUGGGCGACUCCAGGCGCCGGUUUCUCCUCCGUCGACCUACCCUUCCCUCCCUCCUCGCCCUUCGCGCAAGAAGGCAAGACCUUCCGACUCGCUCCAGCAAUCUGUAUGGACCUCAACCCUCCUCGCUUUGAUGCGCCUUUCGACAAGUUCGAGUUUGGAGAGUUUGCGGCGAAGGAAAAGGUGGAUUUGGUGGUGGUGUCGAUGGCGUGGCUUGAUUCGGAGCCGCCGCUCGAGCAGGCUGGGGGCGGAGAGGGAGAGACGAGCAAGGAGGAGAAGGACGACUGGGAGGAGACGAACCAGGUCAUGAGUUAUUGGGUUCUCAGGCUGAAUCCGCUGCUGGGGAGCGGCGCUGCAGUCAUCUGUGCGAACCGAAUCGGGCGGGAAGGAGACACCGUCUUCACCGGCUCAAGCGCCGCCAUCGAGCUGGGCGAUCGGCCAUCCGUCGUCGCCCACGCCAGCAAGCGGAAAGAAGAGGUCAUCUUUGCUCAAGUCAGGCUCCCGCAACGAGCUUGA